AUGGUCGCCAUCAUCUCCUCUCUUCUGGCCACGUCUUCGCUGCUAGCCAUUGGCAACUGCCUACCACGACGAUCAAACAGCGUUGCACCCUCGUUACCACUCAAGGAGGUCACCAACACGGGCUCGGCUCCUCUACCAUCUCCAACCACCGGCCUGAAAUACAUUGCCGUCCAAAUUGGUACGCAGAACUACACCUGCAACGCCGAAACCGGGAAAUACACUGCGACAGGAGCUCUUGCAAGAAUCUAUGAUGCAACAUCGUACCUAGCAAAUCAUCCUGACCAGGUUGACUCGCUUUCACGGACGUACCUUAACCUGUACACAUCGCAGCCAUGCUCUCAGCACCCGAGCACGACCGUCGCCAUCGACGAUGUUUGCGAAGACCUAGCAAACCUCCAACACUUCCCUCCUCUGCCUAUCCUGGGUCAGCAUUACUUCACGAGCACUGGCACUCCCACAUUUGAUCUGUACCUUGGCUGGGACCAUCCUUUCCUCUAUGCGAAGAAGGUCGGUGAUGUACCUGCCCCGUCAGCCAACGAUGUCGACUGGCUCUAUUUGACCAGCAAUGGCUCGCCACAAAACAACAUUAUCAAUUCAGUCUACCGGAUCGAGACAGUGGGCGGCGUUGCACCAAAGACUUGCAGUGGUAGUGGCUCGAUCGAGGUGCCCUAUGCUGCCGAAUACUGGUACUACGUCUGA